AUGGCUGAGGACCGAAGACUGGCAGCUGAGAUCUCAAAGGAAACUCCUAAUCUCUCGGAGGGCUUAAUGACUCACAGAUACUUGUGCAUUGGCACAGAGAUUGGGAAGAUUGGAAAUGUCCCAGCUAAUACAGACAGUGAAGGGCUCCAGUCUCAAAAUGUAGCUCAGUUGUGGCUGCUGAACUGCGCCAGUUGCUAUGGGACUCUCCAGGGUCCAGGGAAUUCCAGCCUCCACCCAGACUCCCCCUCCCUGCCUGCCAUCUCUCAGCAGGUCACCUCCACAUCUCCUAAACCACAUGGACACAUGACAGCUCUACUCAUCACACCUCACACUGUUCACAUUUAUACUUCCUGUCACUGGGUGAAUGUUGGAUGUGUGCCGAAAAAGGUAAUGUGGAAUACAGCUGUCCACUCGGAAUUUAUACAUGAUCAUGUUGAUUAUGGCUUUCAAAACUGUGAGAGUAAAUUCGAUUGGCGUGAUAAGGAAAAGUGAGAUGCCUACGUGAGCCGCCUGAACACCAUCUAUCAGAAUAACCUAACCAAGUCCCAUAUAGAUAUCAUCCAUGGCCAUGCAGCGUUUAUGAACGAUUCCAGGCCAACAAUUGAGGUCAACGGGAUCAAGUACACUGCCCCGCACAUCCUGAUUGCCACGGGGGGGGGGGUGCCCUCCGACCCACAAGAGAGCCAGAUCCCUGGGGCCAGCCUAGGGAUCACCAGCGAUGGAUUCUUUCAGCUGGAAGAAUUGCCUAGCCGAAGUGUCAUUGUUGGUGCAGGUUACAUUGCUGUGGAGAUAGCCGGGAACCUUUCAGCCCUAGGUUCUAAGAUAACAUUAAUGAUAGGGCGUGAUAAGGUGCUUAGAAAUUUUAAUUCACUGAUCAGUUCAAACUGCACUGAAGAGCUGGAGAAUGCGGGCAUAGAGGUUCUGAAAUUUUCCCAGAUCAAAGAAGUUAAAAAGACUUCUUCUGGCUUGGAGCUCUCUGUGGUUACUUCAGAACCAGGUCUGAGUCCCACCAUGUCUACAAUUCCAGAUGUGGACUGCCUUCUCUGGGCCAUUGGGCAGGCCCCGAAUUCCAGGAGUCUAAAUUUAGACGAAGUGGGAGUUCAGACUGACGAUAAAGGUCAUGUCAUCAUAGAAGAGUUCCAGAACACGAGCAUAAAAGGCGUCUAUGCAGUCGGGGAUGUGUGUGGAAAAGCCCCAGUUGCCAUAGCUGCAGGCCGAAAACUUGCACAUAGACUUUUUGAAUGUAAAAUGGAUUCAAAAUUGGACUAUGACAAUAUCCCCACAGUGGUCUUCAGACACCCGCCUAUUGGGACAGUAGGACUUACUGAAGAGGAGGCCAUUCGUAAAUAUGGAAGGGAAAACGUGAAGACCUAUUCAACCACCUUUACCCCAAUGUAUCACGCAGUUACCAAAAGGAAAACAAAAUGUGUGAUGAAAAUGGUCUGCGCCUUCCAAGAGGAAAAGGUGAUUGGCAUCCAUAUGCAGGGAAUCGGCUGUGAUGAAAUGCUACAGGGCUUUGCUGUGAAAAUGGGAGCAACAAAAGCCGACUUUGAUAACACGGUCGCCAUCCACCCAACCUCUUCAGAGGAGCUGGUCAUGCUUCGCUGAAAGUCCAGGCACUAGCCUAAGACCCAAGACCACCAGUU